AUGGCCGCUCUCACCACAACCUCAACUCUUCAGUUCUUCUUCCUACUGAUGAUCCAAGCAGCCACAUUCAUCAGCUGCUACCAAUACAAAGUUGGAGAUUUACAUGCUUGGAACAAACCCACCUCUGCAAAUCCAGACAUUUAUGCCAAAUGGUCUGAAAAUCACAAAUUUCAGCUUGGAGAUUCCCUAUUUUUCCUAUACCCGCCAAGUCAAGAUUCGGUAUUACAAGUAACGCCACAACACUUCAAGAGCUGCAACCGUAAAAAUCCGAUCUUGACAAUGAAUGAUGGCAACUCAGUCUACAACAUCACCAUUGGUGGGGAGUUUUACUUCAUCAGUGGAGUUGAGGGUCACUGUGAAAAGGCCCAAAAGAUUCAAAUUUCAGUCCCUGCUGAAAAUGGAUCUGUGUAUGUUUACCCACCAGCUGAAGCUCCAAGUGCUGCUGAUGCAGAGUCUCCUUCUGGAGGGGCCAUCCCAGAUAAGGCUUCUUCUUCAUCGUCAUCACAAUUCUCCAAGAUGAUUAGUCCAAUCUUCUUGUCGGCAAUCCUGGUGUUGGUAAUAUCUUUCGUGGGCAGUGGCAGCAGCUGA